UUUUAGGGUUACAUGACCGAGUCACGUUGGCCACGUUGUCGGGCAGGCAAGCCAGUCAGCCACGCCGUCGCCAAGGAGUCUCCUGUCGGACUCCUUCCUCGGUGGGAUUGAGAAGCCAGCCAAGACAGAAGGGAUGGAUGGGAGUGUCGCGCAACACCACGCCAAGAAGAAUGUCUACGACAUGUAUGACGAGCAUUAUGCGAACCACACCUCUACGCUGACCAGUACCAUCCUCUGCGUUCCAAUCCUCACGAUGGCUGUGCUGAUUGCAAGCGGUGACUUGGUAUUUGGGGGGAUGGUUUCCUCCACUGUGAUUAGCUGGCGCUUUUUGAUGUGAUGACGACUGUCUGGAAUGGAAGAAUACGGGAGAGGGAAGAUGUCCUUCUCCUCGGACCUCCACUUCUGGGACGUAAGGUUUUCUGGGAGAAUUCCUGGGGAUAAACCAUCUCCACCCCUAGCUGGCAAUUAUGUGGAUGUUUAAUCCAGAAAGAGAUAGUCGGAUCAUCCGCUUCUGGACGUCAAUCGGAGAAAUCCGUUGACCGGGGUCAGAAAGGACGGUGGACGACUUCAUCGCCACUUUGAUUUUGAUAGACAAGCAAUCACAUGCUCUGGCUGCC